AUGCGCCAACGCGUGAUUGGUUGGCAGCCGAUCAACGCGAGGAUGUGCAAGUUGAGGAUUAAGGGCCGUUUCUUCAACUACAGCAUCAUCAACGUGCAUUGCCCACACGAAGGGAGACCCGGCGACGAGAAAGAAGCGUUCUAUGCGCAGCUGGAGCAGGUGUACGACGGCUGUUCGCAACGGGACGUCAAAAUCGUCAUCGGCGAAAUGAACGCUCAGGUAGGACGGGAGGCAAUGUAUAGACCGGCAAUCGGGCCAAACAGCCUGCAUGCCGUAUCGAACGACAACGGCCAACGAUGCGUGAACUUUGCAGCCUCCCGGGGUAUGGUAGUUCGAAGUACCUUUUUCCCCCGCAAGGAUAUCCACAAAGCCACCUGGAGAUCACCUGACCAACACACAGAAAACCAAAUCGAUCACGUUCUAAUCGACGGGAAAUUCUUCUCCGACAUUAUCAACGUCCGCACGUACCGCAGUGCGAACAUAGAUUCGGACCACUACCUAGUUGCAAGGUGGAAGCAGUACUAUGACGAGCACCUCAACGGUGAAGCAGCAGAAAACGAAGGUGGCACGGCAACAGACCUUGGAGCACGCGCAGAAGACGACAGGCUACCGGCCCCUGAUCUUCAAGAAGUUGAGGAGGAGAUCGGUCGGCUGAAGGACAACAAAGCAACUGGUGUAGAUCAACUACCAAGUGAGCUAUUGAAAUACGGUGGUGAAGCACUGGCUAGAGCGCUGCACUGGGUAAUUGCCAAGAUUUGGGAGGAGGAGAUAUUACCGGAGGAGUGGAUGGAAGGUGUCGUAUGCCCAAUCUACAAAAAGGGCGACAAGUUGGAUUGCUGCAACUACCGCGCGAUCACACUGCUGAGCGCCGCCUACAAGGUACUCUCCCAAAUUCUAUGCCGCCGUCUGUCACCAUAUGCAAGAGAGUUCGUGGGGCAAUACCAGGCGGGAUUCAUGGGUGCCCGCGCUACCACGGACCAAAUUUUCGCGAUUCGGCAGGUUCUGCAGAAAUGCCGCGAAUACAACGUGCCCACACAUCAUUUGUUCAUCGAUUUCAAAUCCGCAUACGACACAAUCGAUCGAGAUCAGCUAUGGCAGAUUAUGCACGAGUACGGAUUUCCGGACAAACUGACGCGAUUGGUCAAGGCGACGAUGAAUCGAGUGAUGUGCGUUGUUCGAGUAUCGGGGACACUCUCGACACACGGUGCCACCAACACGGCCAUGGCCAUGCGGGAGUAG